GGGCUUAUUAAUAUUUGACAUUUCUGCUGAAAUGUCAAAAAAUAUUUUUCUUCAUUUAUUAGGCAUAAUUCUUUUGAGUGAAAAGUAUCAUCACGUUACGUGCAUCAGAAAAUAUUCCUAGAAACGUUUUUGGAAUUUUCGUCAUAAUGAGCUCAAAGAGUAUUGCCCAACUAUUCCUCCGAGGUAGUCGCCAGUUUUCUCGCAGUGCGGCUGUCUCAUCCGGCGAAAUAGCUCCCGGAUACAAAGAACUUAAGAAUAUUCAGGCUAAGUUCCAAAAACCGGACGGCAAACCAGUUUUCUUAAAGGGAGGAGCAGUCGAUAACAUUCUAUAUCUUACCACUUGCGCACUGUGUGUCGUUGGCAUGGCUGGAAUUGGCAAGUUGUUGUAUGAGCUAAGUUACCCACCCAAACAAAGCGACGAAUAGGCUCAGAUUGGUUCCAACAGCAUCCUUAGUCAAAAUGGUUAAGACCGGCAUUUAUUCUUCACUAGCAUUUCACGGAUUAUGCGGGAUUGUUUGCGUGCAUUUCGAGCCAUACUGUUAAAAUCAGGGUGGUUCAGAUUCCAGCGCAGUUAAAGCAGAUAUCGUAGAACAAUGUAGUGUACAACGUUUGUAAGCAAUUGAGUGCAUUGAAUAAAUGUUUGUUUUAAGCUCACUGGUGCGAUAA